AGCGGCCGCUGUAGUUCCCUUAGAAGCGAGACCAAUAAUUAGAAUAUUGACAAUAAUUACCACUAUUGCUAUUCUUAACAUCAUAGUAAUAAUAGUAAUAAAUAGCAUUCUCAUUUCCUUUGCCACGCCCGUUCCGACGGGCUGAGGCCAACAUGCUCAUGCUGAAGUUUAGCGAGCAGAAAUAAUGGCACCCCAGGUUCGUCAAAACUACAGCCAAGAUGUGGAGGCGAUCAUUAACCGCCAGGUCAACAUGAAUCUGCAUGCGUCCUAUGUCUACCUCUCCAUGGCGUCCUACUUUGAUCGCGAUGACGUGGCUCUGAAGAACGCACGCAAGUUCUUCAAGGAGUUGUCCGACAAGCAGCACGAGCACGCCGACAAGCUGCUCGCGUACCAGAACAAGCGCGGCGGCCGUGUGGUGCUGCAUGAUAUCAAGAAGCCGGAGCGUGAUGAGUGGGGACAUAUUUUGGAGGCCAUGGAGACUGCUCUGCAGCUGCAGAAGAGCAUCAACCAAUCUCUCCUGGAUGUACAUGGGCAGGGUCGCGAGAAGAAUGACCCACAGCUGUGCGACUUCCUGAAGGACUUCCUGGACGAGCAGGUGGAGUCUAUCAAGAAGUUGGGUGACCACGUCACCAAUCUGAAGCGCCUGGGCGUUCCUCAGUCUGGCUUGGGCGAGUACCUCUUUGGGAGACUCACUCUGGGAGACUGCAGCUAGGUGCUCUCCCACUCUCACACCCCCCCCCCCACUAAACCAUUCAUUCAUAAACACACUCGCUCACUCACCCUCGCAUACGACACUCAUUCAUUCUAGAUUUGAAGCUUUCGUGACUGCAAGGAUUCAUACUCUUAGGUUUUUUCGGUAAAGUCACGUUGGUAAAAAAAUAAAAAUAAAUGAAAAUAACUAAAUUAAAUCACGUUUCGGAAGCAACACAAGCCUUCAUCAUCAGGUGUAACUGCUCCAGUAAAAAUUCCACGCUACAGUAAUUUUACUGGAGCAGUUACACCUGAUGACGGAGGCUUGUGUUGCUUCCGAAACGUCGUGAUUUAAUUUAGUUAUUUUAAUUUAUUAUUUUUUACCUACGUUACUUUACCGAAAAAACCUAAGAGUAUGACACUCAUUCAUUUACCUACACACUCCGCCCACCCACUCGUACACACACACACAAGCGCUCGCCCACCUGCUCACUCACACCGAGCCGUGUCUCUCUCAAUCUGUAGUUGCUUCAUGAGGACAGCCGGUGUGUGAUGGUGAUAAGUCCUCCUAUUACUGCUGACACUUGCAAACGAUAAUAGCCUAUACUGCUUUGAAGAUAUGGUACCCUUGGUUGAUAGAAUUGGUGAUGGUUGAGUUAAUGGUGGUUGAAGUGGUUGUGAGCAUGGUUGAGGAUGUGUGGUGCUUGUUGACAGUCAAGUUGUGGUUGAUCUCAUGGUGGUAGUGGAGAUGGUUGAGGUGGUUUCUUGGCCUCUUCUCUAAUCCUCUGGCUUCACCGAUAUUACAAAUCGGACCUCC